AUGAACUCAAACUCAAAUUCAAAUUUAAGUUCAAAUUCAAACUCAACGCUACCAAGCUACACUUUAAUUAAUUUUGAAAUCCUCGAUCAGCCAAACGUCGCUGAGUUGCGCCAUGCGCUGGAGAAAGGCAGUGACGACCUCAAACUCGAGACGCUUAAGAAGAUAAUACUACUCACGCUAAAUGGCCAGCCACAGCCACAGCUUCUAAUGCCCAUUAUUCAAUACCUUCUUCCCAGCAAGAACAAGCACCUUAAGAAGCUUCUUCACUUUUAUUGGGAAGUUUGUCCCAAAUACGAUGACAGCGGCAAGCUAAAGCAAGAAAUGAUUCUUGUGUGCAAUGCAAUUAGAAAUGAUCUGCAGCACCCAAAUGAGUUCAUUCGUGGUUCCACCCUUAGAUUCUUACAGAAGCUCAGUGACAGUGAGUUGCUAGACCCUCUGAUACCCACCGUAAGAAGCUGCUUGGAACACCGCCACAGCUACGUUAGAAAAAACGCGGUAUUCGCUGUUUGGUCUAUUUACAACCAAUUCGAUUACCUUAUUCCAGACGCUGCGGAGUUGUUAGAAGCUUUCUUAGCAGCUGAAUCUGAUUCCACAUGCAAGAGAAAUGCUUUCGUUACACUCUCUGACAUUAAUCCUUCGUCUGCUUUGGAUUACUUGCACGUUCUAUUCGAUAACGUCGCGUCUUUCGAUGAAUUGAUGCAAUUAUCUAUCAUUGAAUUGAUAAGAAAGGAUUGUCAUAGCGAAAAUCCAAACAAAAAUCAGUACAUAAGGACUAUAUAUGAGUUAUUAGACAGUCCUUCUCACUCUGUUAAAUAUGAAGCUGCUACUACUCUAAACGCUCUCACAGAUAAUCCUGCUGCUGUAAAGUCCGCUGCCAGCGCUUUCAUCAACCUCAUCGUAAAUGUCUCAGACAACAACGUAAAACUUAUUGUCUUGGCUAGGUUGAACGAUAUGCAUACAAAACAUAACCACCUCCUCGACCCUCUCAUCAUGGACAUACUCGACGUUCUUUCAGCCCCAGAUAUGGAAGUUAAACGUAAAGCGCUGAAAAUUGUUUUGGAGAUGGUAACUUCACGUAACGUCGACCAAGUUAUCGAUUACUUGAAGAAAGAACUCAUCAAAACAACUUCGUCACAAGAUUUAGAGCGUCUAGUUGAGUAUCGUCAACUACUCAUCCAAUCCAUUCACAACAUCUCCGUCAAAUAUUCUCAAGUCGCGUCCUCUGUUAUUGAAACUCUGAUGAGUUUCCUCGGCGACUCUAACAACCCUUCGGCAAUCGAUGUGAUAGCUUUCGUCAGGGAAGUUGUCGAGAAGUUCCCCACUCUCCGUCCCACCAUAAUCAACCAGCUCUUCAAGACAUUCCACCAUAUUAAAUCUGGUAAAGUAUUCCGUGGAGCUUUGUGGAUAAUUGGAGAAUACGCUGAAUCUAGCGACGAUAUACAAAUAGCUUUCGAGAAAAUGAGGGGUGUAUUAGGACAAAUCCCAAUACUUGCUGCUGAGCAGCAAGCGUAUGAUGCGCAGGAGUACACUGAGGACAAGGAGGCUACAAAUGAGAACAAAUUGGUCACCACCACCAAGGUGCUAGCAGAUGGUACGUAUGCCACCGAAACGACCGUCUCAACAGCCGAGGAUGCGAGUCGAUUAGCAGCUGUAAAAGCAGCGACAAAGCCUCCGUUACGUGGAUUAGUGCUUAAUGGCGACUUCUUCACAGCCAGUGUGCUCGCAUCCACACUCACCAAAUUGGUUCUGCGACUCGUCAGCAACAACGACACUGACAGCAGUGUACAAAAUGCCCAUAAAGCGGAAGCGAUGUUGAUGAUGACGUCUAUUGUACGCGUCGGGCAGACCAAAUUUGUUAGUACGGCGAUAGACGAAGAUAGUGCUGAGCGUAUACUCGGAUGUGUGACAGCUCUAGCAGAGACGAAUGCCGCGGCAUCCGCGAGUUUCACAGGGGUAUUUCUCCACGACACGAAGCAGGCAUAUGCAACAAUGGUGGCAGAUGCCGAAGCGAAAGCUGCCGAGAAGGCUAGAUCAACUGAAAGAGUUCACAAAGUGCAACCUGACGAUGUCAUCUCGUUUAGGCAUUUCAAAAAGUCACGCGAUGUUGACACGCGCGAAUUCGAACUCGACUUGUCGCGCGCUACCGGCGGGACUGAGGCUGAUGCUGUCGGCGAUGAUUUCAUGUCGAAGCUGCAGCGUAUUGUGCAGCUGACUGGUUUCUCAGAUAGCGUCUAUGCGGAAGCCUAUGUCAACAUACACCAGUUCGACAUUAUACUCGAUGUGCUCCUCGUUAAUCAGACUGGGUACACACUGUCUAACCUUAAUAUAGAAUUCGCUACACUGGGCGAUCUCAAGAUUGUCGAACGUCCUUCAACUACAACUCUCGCACCACAUGCCUUCCACACUCUCAAGGCUAGUGUCAAGGUGAGCUCCACCGAGACAGGAGUUAUCUUUGGGAAUAUCGCUUUCGAUGCUCUUGGCAGUGGCGGUGGAAGUGGAGAGGGAACGAAUAUAGUGCUGAACGAUAUCCACGUCGAUAUUAUGGACUACAUCAAACCUGCUACAUGCACAGAAUCGCAGUUCAGAGCUAUGUGGAGUGAGUUUGAGUGGGAGAACAAGGUGCACGUCAACACUACGAUAGACGAUCUUAGAGUGUAUCUCCAGCAUAUCAUGAAGAGCACCAAUAUGGCAUGUCUCACUCCCGACGCUAGCAUGAGCGGGGAGUGCGACUUCCUCUCGGCGAACAUGUACGCGAGGAGCGUGUUUGGGGAGGAUGCGCUGGCUAAUAUCUCACUGGAAAAGACGGUAGAUGUGGGUGAAGGUUGCAUACAGGGACACGUCAGGAUCAGGAGCAAGACGCAGGGGAUUGCGUUGUCGCUGGGAGAUAAGAUCUCGCUUGCGCAGAAGGUUGUGGAGGAGUAA